AUGGCGCUAUGCUUUACCCCCCUUUUCGAGCUUAUGUCGCUCCCGACUGGCUCGUCUCGUCUGCACCACAAACCCGUUGUAUCAUCAGCAACCAUCGUCGAUCCACCGAAUUUGACUUGUGUGAUCAUGACCAUCUGGGGUCUGGGGUUUUUCUUCUGCGAUCCCUGGCGCGACGCGAAUGUGCAGAUGCGCCCGGGGAGAUGGGAGGGCGAGAUUGGGAGGUGGAGAUGGGGUGGUGCUGGGAGCCGAAGAUCGAUCCGCCCUGGGUCUGGACCCUGGGCCCUGUCGGACAGGGUUAUGGGUGCGUGUGGGUCCACGCGAUCGGGUGGAGUGUUUGUCGAACGGCUCCAAGUUCGGCGGAGUGCGUGGGAGGUCGGCGUCGGCGUGCUACAGGACUCCUGA